CAAACCAAAAAAAAAACUUGUUUUUGUUGCUCAACCUAAUAUCUAGGGCAUAAUUCAUUCAGAUAUAAUUCAGGGGCAUGAUUAGUAUAAUCUUGAAGUUCAGGGCCUAGUUUUCUGAGCUCGGAGAUAAAUUUGCAUUUUAUUUUGAUGAGGAGACAGAAAAUGCAAAGACAGAUUGCCGAUUUCAGAAGCAGAAAAAAAAAUGUCACUCAUUCUCAACAACUGCCUCAGCUCCUCGUGUUCAUUGUGGGGAUGGAAGAACCCCACAAUGAUUUUCAGGUCCAUGAGAAGCAGCAAUACUAAUUGCGUGUCUUAUGGGAAUGGAAAUAGGAAAUCAAAAGGGAUGGUCAAAGCGUUUUUCUUCAAUCCCUCUGAAGAACCCAUCCUCCAACAAGCUCUUAAGGAGCCAGUAGCUUUUAUGGGCGGGAUGUUUGCAGGACUUUUAAGGCUUGAUUUGAAUGAUGAUCCGCUCAAGGAAUGGGUUUCUAGGACUGUAGAAGCUGCUGGGAUUACUGAAGAGAUUGGUGAUGAAGGAUCUAAAGAUGAGGAAGAUGUCCCACAGCAGAUAGAAAUAGAAUGAGUGUAACCGUGGUUCCUGUUAUAUAAUAAACAUAAAUGUGCUUUUGGCACAUUACUAAUAUUGCAAGAAAACACCAUCACCUAUGAAUCAUUGUUAUGAAAUUAUACUUGUCACAAUGAUGGUGGAGAGUAUUUCAGCAUCAUACCAUAUUGCAUCUUUGGGCUCUACUAAUCUCAUGGAAAAAGUUAUACAAUAUCAUUGAAUU